AUGACGGUAGAAAGCAAUGAGCAUUUCGUACUAAUGCAUGGAGGCUGCCAUGGAGCUUGGAGUUGGUACAAACUCUCGAUGUUGCUCACAUCAUCCGGCCACCAAGUCACGGCCAUUGAUCUUGCCGCUUGUGGGGUCCACCCGAAGCAAAUUAACGAGAUUGGCUCAUUCCACAACUAUACUCAACCGUUGAUGGAUUUGAUGGCUUCUCUUCCACCCCACAAAAGGGUGAUCCUAGUGGGCCACACCUUCGAUAGUGUUACCCUUUCUCUAGCUAUGGAGGGAUUUCCAGAAAAGAUCUCGGUGGCCAUUUCCGCCACUGCCAUGAUGCUGAGUCUCGCAUCUCCACCAUCCAUUAUCGUGAAAGAGGGUAGAUAA